AUGCAGCUCCCUCGAAACCCCGGGAACACAACAAAACGACUUCAUUUAACCGCGGAUAGCGGGCUGCCCUCAGUGGACGUCAUUCUACCGUGUUGCGGAGAGCCCCUGGAUAUCAUUCUCGACACCAUCCGCGCUGCUUGCGUCCUUGACUACCCUCAAUCCGCAUUUCGAGUGCUGGUCCUCGACGAUGGAAAUUCCACCGAGCUACAGCACGCAGUCGAGGAACUCCGCCAGACCUGGCCCAACCUGCGCUACUACAGCAGAGGAAUCAAGCCCAGCCGAAAAGUCUUCGCCAAAGCUGGGAACCUGAACCACGCUAUAUUUAACAUUCAGGGCAAGAUGAAGCAGCCACCCGACUUCAUUGCUGGCUUCGAUGCCGAUUUUCUGCCCGCGCCUAACUUCCUGCGAGCCACGCUUCCCCAUAUCCUGGAAGACCCAAGUGUCGGUCUAGUGGGCCCAAUGCAGGACUAUUACAAUUUACCACGGGGUGAUCCGCUCAGCCAAAGCAUGGGCGUAUUCAGGGAGACCAUCCUCCCCGAGCUGAACGAGCAGGGUUCGAGCAUCGCUUCGGGGUCGGGGUUUCUGAUGCGCCGCCAGCUGGCGCUCGACGUGGGAGGGUUCCCGACGCUCAACGAAGCCGAAGAUAUUACGCUCUCGCUGAUCCUGCCCUCCAUCGGGAAGCGCGUGCUGGCCCUCGAAGAAACCCUGCAGCUCGGACAAGUGCCACCCUCGCUGGAAGGCCACAUCAGACAGAGGCGACGAUGGAUCACCAGCAUGACCCAUAUGAUUGCCACCCCCUGGGCAGCGCACAGGGAGUCCGCUCCGUAUGCCUCGAGGUCUAGUAUGGUAGCGCUGGGCCUCACAUAUCUCCUGUCACCUGUGAACCACGUUGUGGGAUGUGUUACAAUCUCUCUGGCGUUGAUAUCGCAGCGACCGCUGGUACCGAGCGGGAUGCUGAGGCUCCAACUUGCCUUGUCUUUGGCCAACUUUGCGCUCGUUUGGCUGUACGAAUGGAUUAAGGCGGCGGCAGUGGGGUUUCGACAGUCUGUGUUUGCUCUUCAAGCAACUGGUCUCUGGAUGUGUGCUGACCGACUAUACACCCUCGUUCGAUUCCACUUUUUCGGAUCCCAAGCCGGCAGAGCCCUAGUGACUGGCAGCGCCCAGAACAGCUGGAACGAUCCCAAUAAGGUCUCCACUCGAGUUGUGCAGCUGAAACGCGAUCUCUGGGACGCUGGAGUUUUCUACAAUGUGCUUUUCGUACUCGGAACUCUGGCCGGAUUGAUAUACUCCAUCAUGGGCUCUAUCGAGAGCACCUCCGGCUGGCACAUCCACGCAAUGACCACCUUGCUGUGUCCCCCUGUUAUCCUGAUGUGCUAUAUUUCGCUUUCCUGCCAUAUCAUCCCGGUUCUAUGCGUGAUAUGGCGGCCUCAUUAUCCUUCUCGCGAGGAGGUCAUGGACACUCAUCCGAGUGAUGCUCGUGCUGUGUUUCCGUCCAAGAGCGUGCGAAAGUACAACGUGCGUCAAAGGAUGCCACCCCUUGGAUAUUGUGGUCAUUUGUUGCUGAUUCCGGUUUAUGUGACGCUCAUGGCUAUGUUUUGUCUUCUGUAUCUUUGA